CAUCUUGACCUUAACUAAGUCUGAUUUUUUUAUUCAAUUUUUAUCUACCUCCAGCUUUCCUUAAAAUCUUUAAAAUGAACUCCGCUUUUACAGAUAACACAAAUACUAGUGUUACUCCGUCUAAAACAGAAGUUAAUAAUACUAAUAAUAUCAGCACCAAAAAUAACCAUGUGGUCGUGAAAGUCGGUAUGAUAGGAGAUGCUCAGGUUGGAAAAACUUGUUUAAUGGUUAAAUAUGUUGAUUCAAUUUUUGAUGAAGAGUACGUUAAUACGCUCGGAGUUAAUUUUAUGGAAAAAACUAUUGUGAUUAGAAAAACGGAAAUUACCUUUAGUAUUUGGGACCUCGGCGGUCAAAAGGAAUUCGUAAAUAUGCUUCCGCUUGUGUGUAACGAUGCAGUGGCGUUGCUUUUUCUGUUUGAUCUCUCAAGAAAGCAGACUUUGAACAGCGUAAAAGAGUGGUAUAGGCAAGCGCGUGGUUUUAACAAAACCGCUUUUUCAUUUCUUGUUGGUACGAAGUACGACAUUUUUGCUAAUUUUCCUUUUGAACAACAGGAAGAACUUUCUAGGCAGGCACGAAAAUAUGCGAAAGCGAUGAAAGCGCCUUUAAUCUUUUGUUCGUCUGCUCAUUCUAUAAACGUUCAAAAAAUCUUCAAAAUUAUUUUGGCUAAAUGCUUUGAACUAAAAUGUACAAUUCCUCAAAUAAUAGAAAUUGGCGAGCCUCUUUUGCAGUAUUAA